AGAAAGUUUAAAAUAUCCGGGGUUUUACACAUACAUAUGUACAAACAUACAUAUACUUAUUUAUAUACAUAUACUUGCAUAUUGUGAAAAAAAUAUUUGGGGCACAUACAUACUUAAACUUUAAAUAAGUAAUCACUGCAUUUUCCCAUAAUUUCUUGGAGGACAGUACGUUAAAGUGUCUCCAAUCGGGUGGAAUUACAACGACGGAACAAAAACUAGAUGACUUGAUUCUUUACUACCCGUGACCAUUAAAAAGUAUAAUAAUUGGACACGCGAAAAUUUGGAUAGUCUUGAUUCGCACUACAAAUAGGGGACCAGGCGUUAUAAAUCAUUCGUUGUAAUGGAAGCGUACUUAAUUUUUUGCUUCUGGCUGUUUGCGGCCACGAUAUUCCUGCUUGUUAAGAUUUUCUUCUCCACUCUAGAAGCACCUAAUACUCCUCAAAAUCAUACAGCACCCGUAGAAAUGACCACUAUCUGGACGAUGGAAAACGAGCAAAAAACGGCACCCGUUUCUCACAAUGUUGAAGAGAUGCCUGUGCCAUCAUAUUCCCAAGCAGUCGCCAACUUCCCUUCCGUUGAAUACGUUAAUGAAGUUGAUAACUACAAAAAUACCAAUUAUCUUCCUCCACCAAGUUACGAGGAAUCUGUAAGAAUGAGUGAUAUUGCAGCACGAGAGUUGAAGAUAUUUGCAUAGAAAUUCUGUAUAGAAAAAUUACAAAAUCUAUAAAUACAUACAUUUAUAUAAUUUUGUAUAAAAUAGAUCUGUUUUAAGUUACAUACAUAAAA